CCGAGCUACGACACGUAAGUCCGUGGUCAUGGAUCCAUUCCAGUCCCGCCUGCAGCAGCGCGCGUUGCGCAACCCGUACAAACCCCACGCCGACAACACAUCCGUUCGGGUGAAGAUGGGGCUGGGCGUGCUCUUCUUUGUAGGUAUCGUCAUGUUCUUCAACUCGGGGCCAGCGUCUGGCACGGUGGUGGCGCCCAAGUUGCGCCAGGACGGCGGCGGCCGCUAUGCCGCCUUGGCCGUCCUGCCUCCCACGCCCAUGUCUGUGAUGACGUUUAACGUUCGUUUCGCCAGUGCGAACGACGGCUGGAACAGUUGGGACCACCGCAAGGAGCACCUCAUCGACCUCAUCAACCGGUACAAGCCGAGCGUGAUGGGCACGCAAGAAGGGUUGAAGGACCAAUUGGCGGAAAUCCACGCCAACCUGCACGGCAACUACGAGCGGUUCGGCGUUGAACGCGAAGCGAACGGCGAGUUUGAGCAGAUUUUCUACGACACGGACGUCGUGACCAAGUUGGACGGGGGCAACUACUGGCUCAGCGACAACCCAGAGGUGCCUGGGGUCACCGCGUGGGACGCGCCGUGCGUGCGCAUGGUCACGUGGUGCAAGUUCGAGCUCAAGGCGACCAGGCAGCAGUUUGUGUUCAUCAACACCCAGUUCGAUCAUCGCAGCGAACUGUCUCGCGUGAACAGCGCCAAGCUGAUCUGGCGCCGCAUCCAGGACACGUGGCAGCCUGACAUGCCCGUGUUUGUUGUCGGGGACUUCAACACGUAUCGCCACACGUCCGUGUACUCGUACUUGACGACCGACGCGGCCGGCCCCCGCUUUGCUGAAGCGUGGAAGACCGCCGACAAGACCAUCGGCGACGUCUCGUACACGUACCAUGGCUGGGCCGGCGUCGACAACGACGGAGAAAAGGCGGCCGAUGUCGUGCGCGCCGCCAACCACAUCGACUGGAUCUUGUACCGACCGACCACGAUGAAGGUCCUGUCGACGCAAGUGGUCACGGAGUCGCGCAACGGACGAUACCCGUCCGAUCAUUAUCCGAUCCACGCCAACAUUCUCUUUCCAAGCACCAAGGACGUGCCUGUGUGAUAGACACUGUAGUACUACGAAUAGACCCGCGAUCAACAUACUGCAGAAACCCAAUGUCAUUUGUCGAUUGUGAAGUACAUAUAUCGAUGUGGACAAAUGAGUGGGGAUAUGGGCUUUAUAAACAACACGAGUGCUGGGUCAGAC